AUGAGAGGAAUUCCAGUUGAAUUUGUAAAAGGAACUCGUUCUCCUUCGGAUUUUUGUUGGUAUUGCAGCCAAGUGAAGAGAACCUUGUUCUCGCAUUCGAUUGGGAUUGAACAACAUGAUGAUUUCAAAAACCAUCCUUUAUCAGGCGGCAUGUGUAUUCGCUGGAUUUGUGAGCACUGCCUUCGCGAAAAAGCGAAGGAAAAAUGCAAUUGCCUCUAUUGGUUUUCGAUAAAAGGGGAGAAUACAAAGAGUUUUAUGGAAAACUGCGAUUUUUCAUUUGAUGAAAUGAAGUUUUUUCGAGAAUUGCAAACGAGCACUGGGCAUAUUCAAUCGCUUGAAUUCUCUUGUCCACAGAAAAUUUGCAAUCAAAUUCUUUCUUACGAAGAGUUCGGAAAUCAUUUUCAUGAAAAAACAGAUGUGUCUUCACAACUCAAAAAUGCCGAUAUCGCAAUUCAGAAAAUUCAACGAAAGCUCGAAGAAAUCAACAAUGAAGACUCAGAAAAUGACCAACGGAUAAAAGAAGUCUCUGAGAAGUUGUCAGAUCUAAAACUGAACAAAAGUCGUCUUGAUAAGAAAAAGAAAAUGCUGGUCGCAAAACUAAGUGAAGUGAAAAAGAUACAGAUGAAAUCAGACCAAUAUAUUACGCUCGACAAAUGA